UUCGUCGUUAAGAGUGCUUACUUCGGAGUUCAAAAUGGGACUGGCGAGAAGGGUACGAGGUUCGCCCCAUUUUCGCCUCGAGAUUUUCUUGAAACCUCAGAGCGAUUUUUACUAGGUGCUUUGAUCGGCAAGAAAAGGGAAGGAAGAAAGAAACGAGGAGAAGAUUUUGGGACGUGGGUUCAGAUGGAUUUGAGAGGGAGCACCAGCAGAGUGCUGGGUAAGGAGAUAGCAGAGGGUGGUUUGAGCAGGAGGAGGGGGGACAAUACGGAUGACCUGACUGAUGUUGUCUUCUCUUGGUCUCUAGACGACAUUCUCAAUGAAAACCUCUACCAUAACCAGGUGGAGACUAUACCAGAGACAUUUCAGUCGGUCCAGCAUUAUUUUGGAUCGUUUGUCUACCCUUUACUGGAGGAAACGCGGGCGAGUUUGUGCUCGAGUUUGGAAAAUAUUUCUGCACUGCCUUUCACAGAGGUUACUGACUUUGUGCAAUGCAAGAGAAGUGGGGACAUUUAUACUGUUGAGGCUGGUCGGUGGAGCAAUGAAUCCAACACUCUUGGAAAAGAAACUUACAGAACUUUGCCUGGAGAUAUCUUGAUUUUAACUGAUGCCAAGCCAGAAACUGUUCCUGACUUGAAGAGGUUUGGAAGAAGAUGGGCUUUUGCAUCAGUAAUGAUGAUUGGAAAAGAUGAGGAAGAGAACGAGGCAAUGUCAUCCACAAACUUUAAAGUGGAGGCAUUAUUGGACCAUGAAGUAAAUAAUCCCUGGAAGCCAAUGUAUGCAAUCUUCCUGAUUAAUAUAAUCAGUAACAGAAGGAUAUGGAAAGUGUUGCAUAAGUUUCAGAACUUGAAUAUUGUGAAGGAAGUUCUCUGUACAGAUUUGGUGGCUGAUAAAGUUUCCAAUCUCUGCAUUACAAAAGGUGAUUGUUCUGGGACUGAGAGCCUUGACGAGAGAUUGUGCCAUGAUCUGAAUGAAUCCCAAAUAAAAGCAGUUGGGGCCUGUCUCAAUAAACUCCAAUGUGAGAACAAGCCUUCUGUUGAACUGAUAUGGGGUCCUCCUGGAACUGGGAAAACUAAAACCGUGGCUAUGCUGCUAUUUACUCUGUUGAAAAGGAAAUGUAGAACUGUUGUUUGUGGGCCUACAAAUGUUGCCGUCAAGGAAGUGGCAUCUCGUGUUUUAAAGCUGCUAAAGGGAUCAGAUGGCGGUAUAAGCACUGAGACGGAAAGUUUGCUCUCUUAUUUCGGAGACGUGCUUAUUUUUGGGAACAAGGAGCGACUGAAAGUUGAUUCCGACAUUGAAGAAAUAUACUUAGAACACCGUGUAGAUUGUGUUGCUGAGUGCCUCUCGACAGUCACUGGUUGGCAUCAGUGUCUAACUUCCAUGAUGAAUACUCUUGCUGACUGUGGCAGUCAAUACCAUAUAUUUUUGGAAAACGAACAUACAAAAAGAAGGAAACCAGAAAGUGAUAUUAAUGUGAGGGAAUGCGGAAGCAGUGAUGAAGAUGGUAAUUGUGAGCUUAUAUCAUUUCUUGAGUUUUUCAGGGGAAGAUUCAAGGCAACUGUUCAGCCCCUGCGGAGAUGCCUCUUCAUUUUCUAUACUCAUGUAUCCAGAUUCCAGAAGAUUACACACCUCCUUACCUUACUUGAUUCUUUUGAAACUCUAUUAUGUGGAGAGAAGUUGGACUCAGAGAAGAUGGAGCUAACUCUUUCACGUGAUGAAAUUAGCCUGUCUUCAUUUCAGACAUCCAUAGAUCCACUACAUAACUUAUAUAUGAAGAGACAGGAAUGCCUUUCCAUGUUGCUAACUGUUCGUGAUUCUUUGAAAGGUCUAAAACUUCCAAACCAUACGAGUAAGGCCAUGAUUGCUGACUUCUGUUAUCAACGUGCUUCCUUGAUUUUUUGCACUGCUUCUAGUUCAUAUAAGCUGUACUCUGUGGCAAUGGAGCCUCUCAAUUUACUGGUAAUCGAUGAGGCAGCCCAGUUGAAAGAAUCUGAGUCAGUAAUUCCUCUGCAACUCCCUGGUGUCAAGCAUCUGAUUUUAGUUGGAGAUGAGUGUCAGUUGCCUGCUAUGGUCGAAAGCAAGAUUUCUAGCAGGUCUGGUUUUGGAAGGAGUCUGUUUGAACGAUUAACUUCACUAAAUUUCAGGCAACUUCUCAAUAUACAGUACCGGAUGCAUCCAUCGAUAAGUCUGUUUCCGACUUCAAAGUUUUAUCAAAACCAAAUUUUGGAUGGGCCAAACGUGAAGCGCAAAAGUUACAGAAAAAGUCAUUUGCCAGGGCCGAUGUUUGGCCCUUACUCAUUCAUAAAUAUUACUGAUGGACGAGAAGAAGUCGGUGAUGACAGAUGUAGCCGUAGAAACCCUGUUGAGGUGGAAGUUGUCUCAAGAAUAUUGAGGAAUCUAUACAGAGCUUGGAAUGGGUCAGAAGAAAAUCUGACGGUAGGUGUCAUAUCUCCUUAUGAAGCUCAGGUUGCUGCAGUUCAAGCUAAACUUGGAAAAAAGUACGAAAAUACCAAGGGUUUUAUGGUCAAGGUGAAGUCAGUGGAUGGAUUUCAAGGGGGUGAAGAAGACAUUGUUAUAAUAUCCACCGUCAGAUCAAACUCGCGUGGAGAUAUUGGGUUCUUGUCCAAUACUAAGAGGAUCAAUGUUGCUCUUACCAGGGCGAGGUAUUGUCUGUGGAUUCUGGGAAAUGGGAAAACACUGACAGAAAGCAAAUCUGUGUGGGAAGCUUUGGUUGAUGAUGCUAAUAGUCGUGGAUGCUUCUUCAAUGUUGAUGUUGACAAGGACUUGGCUAAAGCCAUCUUAGAUGUGAAGAAAGAGAAUAAUCAGCUUGAUGAUCUGCUCAACAGAAGCAGUGUACUUUUCAGAAAUGCUAGGUGGACGGUUCUUUUCAGUGACAACUUCCUGAAGUCUUUCAGGAAGUUGGCAUCACUCAGGAUAAAGAUGUCAAUUAUCACUCGUUUGUUAGAACUAUCCAGUGGCUGGAGACCAAAGAAGAAAAAUGUGGAUGAUAUAAUUUGUGAACACUCAUCUCAUAUCGUGAGAAAAUUUAAGGUUGAACGUCUCUAUGUCUUGUGCACGAUUGAUAUUGUAAAGGAACUAAGAUACAUCCAAAUCCUGAAGAUAUGGGAUGUAUUGCCUUUAGAGGAUGUGGCAAAAUUGGUCAAAUGUUUGGACAGCAUAUUCAUGACAUAUACUGAUGAUUUUAUCAGUCGUUGCAACGAGAAAUGCAUUGAGGGGGAUCUGGAAGUUCCAAAGACUUGGGUCUGUUUUGAUGUUGUCCGCUGUCAAAGUCCUAGUGAAGAUCAAUUUGGGAGUAGAUCUGAUGCUGAUGCCUCAGAUCAUAGGUUGUAUGCAGAGAAUGUGAAAGUGAGCGAGAGUUUGCUUCUGAUGAAAUUCUACCGCUCAUCAGAUGUUGUCAGUCAUUUGCUUAAUAAUUGUGAUAAUAACAAAGCGAGUCUUCCAUUUGAAGUAACAGAGCAAGAACAAGAGAUAAUUCUUUUCCCCAGAAGCACUUUCAUACUUGGGCGAUCUGGAACUGGAAAAACUACUGUCUUGACAAUGAAGUUGUUUAGAAACGAGAAACUGCAUAAUGAAGCAACCAAGGGAUCUCAGGAAAUCCAAAGUGGUAUCAGCCACAGCAAAGAUGGCUCCCUAGAAAUCAAUGUUGAGGAAAUCAGUGCAGGAGCAGAGAAUUGUGUAUUGCGCCAGCUUUUUGUGACUGUCAGUGCAAAAUUAUGUUUUGCGGUCAAACAACAUGUAUCUCAACUUAGAAGCUCCAGCAUAGAUGCAAAACAUAGAGUAAAAAGCUCUUCAGUUGAUGAGAUUGUUGAUGAUGCAGCAUUGUUCAAGGAUAUCCCGGAUUCGUUUGUAGAUAUAUCUCCCAAUUCUUAUCCCCUUGUUAUAACUUUUCGUAAGCUUCUGAUGAUGCUAGAUGGAACGGUGGGGGUUUCAUUCUUUGAAAGGUUCCCCGAUCUGAGGGAGUUAUGUCAUGGUCAAUCCUUCAAUCCUAGACCAGUUGCCUUACAAAGUCUUCUAAGAGCAAAGGAGGUCACCUAUGAAAAGUUUUGUGCUGUCUAUUGGCCUCACUUCAAUGACAAGAUAAGGAGGAGGCUUGAUUCUUCCAGAGUCUUCACUGAAAUAAUGUCCCACAUAAAGGGUGGUCUUCAAGCAGCAGAUGGCUGUGAAGGCAAACUUGACAGGCUAGCUUAUGUUUCACUUUCAGAGGGUCGUGUCUCUACUCUGAGUAUUCAGAGAAGAGAAGAAAUUUAUGAUGCUUUUGAGCAUUAUGAAAAGAUGAAAAUGAAAAAUGGUGAAUUUGAUUUGGCUGAUCUUGUCAAUGAUCUUCAGCGCCGUCUUUUCCAUGAGCGGUUUGCUGGUAACGUGGUGGAUUUUGUAUACAUUGAUGAAGUGCAGGAUCUCACCAUGAGGCAAAUUUCACUGUUCAAGUAUAUCUGUAGAAACGUUUCUGAGGGCUUUGUGUUUUCUGGCGACACUGCACAAACUAUUGCAAGGGGAAUAGACUUCAGGUUUGAAGACAUAAGGUCCCUUUUCUACAAGGAGUUCUUGAUAGAUUCGAUGGAUGGACCUGAUAUCAGAAUGGAAAAGGGAUGCCUUUCCAAAACUUUCCAUUUGAGCCAGAACUUCCGCACUCAUGCUGGUAUACUCAAACUGGCACAGAGUGUUGUUGAUCUUCUCUACCGUUUUUUCCCUUUAUCCAUUGAUGCUUUGAGCCCUGAAACUAGCUAUAUAUGUGGGGAAGCCCCAAUUUUACUUGAAUCUGAGAAUGACGAAAGUGCCAUACUAUCAAUUUUUGGCAAUCAUGAUGAUAGUGGUAAUUUCGUUGGCUUUGGAGCAGAGCAGGUUAUUUUGGUUCGAGAUGAUCACUCUAGAGAUGAAGUUUCAAACCUUGUGAGAGGGCAAGCCCUAGUUCUGACGAUAGUGGAAUGCAAGGGGUUGGAAUUUCAGGACGUCUUAUUGCACAACUUCUUUGGCACAUCACCUCUGAAAAAUCAAUGGAGGGUCAUUUAUGGAUACAUGAAGGAGCAAGCUUUGCUCGAUAACAGCUCUCAAUGGUCUUCCCCAAGUUUCGAUGACGUGAAGCAUGAUAUAUUAUGCUCUGAAUUGAAGCAAUUGUAUGUUGCAAUUACUCGGACAAGACAGAGAUUGUGGAUAUGGGAGAAUGCCCUGGACUUCUCCAAACCAAUGUUCGACUACUGGAAGAAGAAAGGCCUCGUUCAAGUUAGGUUGGUAGAUCAUGCCCGUGCAGAAGCAAUGCAGGUCAGGAGCAUGCCGGAGGAGUGGAAGUCACAAGGUUUUAAGCUCUUACAUGAGGGUAACUACCGAAUGGCAACGAUGUGCUUUGUGCGAGCAAGGUACGAAUACGGGGAGAAAUUGGCUAAAGCCUCUGCUUUCAAAGAAGAUGCAGAUCUCAAGCAUGUUUUAAGUCCAAAAGAGGCUUCUGACCUUCGAAGGCAGGCUGCAGAGAUUUUUGAAGCAAUUGGUGUGGCUGACUCUGCAGCGGAGUGUUUCUACAUGUUGAAGGAAUACGAGAAAGCAGGUAGUAUAUUUAUGGAAAAAUGUGGAGAAUCUGCUUUGCAGAAAGCGGGAGAGUGUUUUUCUCUGGCUGGGCACUACAGUCGUGCAGCGGAGGCAUACGCAAGGGGAAAUUUUUUCUCCAAGUGCUUGUCCAAUUGUGCCAAAGGAGAACUCUUUGAAAUGGGUCUGCAAUAUAUUGGGAAUUGGAGAAGGCUGGGAAAUGAGGACAGGGGAAUAGUAAAGAAAAGUAAAGAAAUAGAGAAAUUGGAACAAGACUUUUUAGAGAGUUGUGCCCUUCAUCACUAUGACCUCGGAGACUACAGGGCCAUGAUGAAGUAUGUGAAGGCUUUUCGUUGCAUUGAUUCAAUGCGAAACUUACUCAAGAGGCUAGGAUGCCUUGAUGAGCUUAUCAGUUUGGAGGAAGACUUUGGUAACUUUUCGGUGGCAGCAAAGAUUGUGAGGAUGAAAGGUGACAUCCUUCGCGAGGCUGAUCUACUUGGAAAGAGUGGACAAAACAAAGAAGCGUCAAUGAAUAUCCUGUGGUACGUGUUAUUCUAUUCCCUUUGGGCUCCUGGAAGCAAAGGGUGGCCCUUGAAGCAGUUUGCACAAAAGGAGGAGCUGGUAGCAAAAGCCAAACAUCUUGCAAAGUCCGAGCCCAUUGCCUUCUACGAAUAUGUUUCUGUAGAAUCAAGCAUUCUGCUAAACAAACAGAGCAGCUUGGCUGAAUUGAAAGAAUGUUUUAGUACUUCCAGGAGAAAUGGAAGUGUCAGAGGUGAAAUACUAUGCGCUCGAAAUAUUCUGGACUUCCAUCUUCGUCAAGAUAUCUCUAAUUUUUUUGGGAAUAUGAUUGGCUUGUCGACCCAAUGGAGUAUUCUGAACCACGGAUCCUGGGGAAUCAGAUUUCCAUUGACUCAUUGGUGUGCUUUUGGAAUCUUUGGAGAGAGAAGAUUGUUAGAAUUAUAAAGUGUGUAGAAUGUGUGGAGAUGGUUGAGGAAAUGGAA